AUUUUGGAUAGUUAUCGAAUAUAUCGAAUAGGACUUAUCGAUUUACCAAAAAGCGCGAGACGGAACAGACGCCACCAAUUGGUUAAAAACAAAUAAUUUGAAAUUCCACGCCAUCCACGACAACCAACUUCGCAACGGCAAUGGGCAAAGAAAAGGCUGGCAAGACUUUCAACAUUGGAGACCUUGUGUUUGCCAAGGUUAAGGGUUAUCCGGCGUGGCCAGCGAAGAUCACCAAGUGCAACAACAAAAAGUACAAUGUUUACUUCUAUGGCACGGGGGAGACGGCAAACAUCAAAUUGGAGGACUUAUUCGCCUACACAGGGAACAAGGAGAAGUUCGCGACGGACCGGAACAUGAAGCGCGCCAAGUUCAGUGAAGCCAUCGACCAAAUAGAGAGCGCUCUGCGUGGCGAAGAUUCCGCGCCAAUCGAUUUGUCCGGCGGGGAGGAAGCAGCUGCCGCCGAUGAACCGCCAACAACCGACAAGAAAGCCGAACAGGCGGAAGAACCUAUCAAAGCGGAACCUACAGAAUCAUCUGAUUCAAAUCCAGCUACUACCCCUGCUCCUUCGUCUGCACCAGUUCCUGCGCCAGCGGCAGCUCCGGUGGAAACCCAAAAGAAAGCCGGCGGAGCACGGAAAUCGAAGGCUCCAAAAGCACGCCAUGUGGAUGGUGAUGGGGAGGACGCACCCGAACCAGCUGCUGAUGCACCACCUCCAGCUAAGCGAAGAGUUCCGGCCGAGGGAUUGAACGCUGCUCCCACCACCCCCGCAUCAGCUGCCCCGGCCGCUUCAAGUAGCGCCAAAAAAUCUGCAAAGAAAUCCAAGCCCACGGCGGCAGUUACCCCCAUUCAAAAACGGUCUAAGCCGAUAACCCAAAACAUUCAGAACGACUUACUUAUGGUGUACUUACCCACGGCAAAGUGUUUGGGCAUCAACAUAAACUACAAGAAACCGGAGCGCUUUGAGAGUCCGGCUGCCGAGAAGGCCUGGAUGGAAAAGUCCCGGGAGGAAGCCCACGAGCUGAAGUUAAAGCUGGAAAGUGGCCAGCUGGAGCCGGAAUCUAUGCCCGAAAGGAUAGUUGUGGAACCGACACGGAACGAAAUACCCAAACAGGAGGCCAUGCGCUUCAUCGAGGAGCUAAUCGAGCACGAGGAUGCCCUGUUUAUGGAACGCGAUUUUAUCACACUCUCCCAACAGCUUCGGGAAUGCCUGGGUCUGCGGAGAGCCAAUGUUGGCAAAUGCCUAGAGAUCCUGGAACAAUUCAAGGAAGUGGAACUAACUAAACUUAUGCUGCUGCGGAACCCCGAAUGUGUGGAUAUUAUGCGGAGACUGCGGCGAUAUGUCGGCAACCUGGAGCUCUGGAAGAUGAACUCGACAGACGAAAUGGAGUUUAAGGAGAAGGCACAGAUUAUUCGCAAGGUCUCCACCAAUAUCUAUGACAGUUUCAAGGCUCUGUUCGCUCCGAUCGUGGAGCAAGAAGACAAUUUCUGGGUAGACUUUUGCGAGAAGGUUCGUAUAUAUAAGACAUAUACGAAAAACAUGAACGAGAACCUACGGGUAACGAUGAACGAAAGUGGUUACAACAACUUGGUGGUAGCCAAAGACAAUUCGGCUUCUACAGCUGCCGCCCAGCAGUAAACGAUCAGUGUUUAUGGAUGAGUUCCGCAAGUCCCUCUAUAUUCUAAGUUACUUUUAAGCGUUAAAACCCGGGCUAUUUGGAUUCCCAGCUCUGGACGAUGAAGUUCGACAUGCCUAGUGCUAUUGCUUAAUUUCUAGGAUUAAAGUUCAUGCUAUUUAGUAAUUGAUAAUUUGACUCCAAGCCCCAAGCGUUUGGACCGACCCGCCCCCUCCCGUGUACUGUGCAUUUUUUUUUCAGCACAACCUAAUUAGCUACCCAAGCUUUUGACCCCAAACAUAUAUAUAUUUACUAUGUGUGUAGAUGUUUUGAUUAAUAAUGAAUUAAAAAAUAGAUGGUACAUACUACUAAAAUAUUGGA